UAUUUUACUAUGUACCUAUCUUGUACUUCCAGUGUACACUAUUUAAAAGCAUACGUCAUGUAAACAUGUAUUGUUUUUGAUGGCAUUCAACUUACAGCAUUUCAUUUUCAACCUACAUUCAAUAAUAAUUAACCACAAUACAAUAGUACAUUAUAGAAAAUAAAUGACUGCCUUUCACAACCUUACUUUGACCUGUAAUCAAUACAAAAUCUAUUAUUAUAGAUUACCAUACAAUCAUGUGUUAUUUUUCAAGAGUCAUAUUAAUCAAAUGAUCAAAUGUAAUACCAGUCAUUGAUUUAUUUAAACCCCUCAGGAAAUAUAGACUGUUUAAGUGUGUAAAAGUUCUCUGUAUUUGUAGUGUUGUGAUAAGGAUGUUAUAACUACAUGUCCUCCAGUCAGUGUACAAAUUAAAUCACUUAAAUGUCCAGUUAAGAAAAUUCAAGUUCAGGAUAUGAGCAGGUGUUUAAAUCCUACUUGUACGGUUAUUGUACAGAUGUGAAAGAGGAAGUUAUAUUCUUUUCUUUUUUUAAGAAACACAAAGGGAAUAUACAAGUUUGCAUUAAUGGCAUGUUUUUCUGUUUGAGAUAUUGAUUAAGUUUGAGAUUUUCAGAAAAUAUUUUGCAAGACGAGUAAAUAAUUCGGAUCCCUUGGCAUAUCAUGCAACAUAGAUCCACGAGAAGAUUAUGGCGUAGACAAAUGUGAGACAAUAAUUAACGGAGGAUACUGUGUCAUGUGUGACAGGGUAUUAGGAAACCGAAUUAGCCUAAAAUUGCGUAAGAGACAGGAAAUAUUUGUGACGUGCCAUGACAGACUCAGACACGAUACACAUUGUGCAGCGUCAGGAUGCAGGACCGGAGCUGUACCAAGCUUUCGAUUACAAAAUCGAUCCAAACACGUACAUGUCACCAUAUGGAAACAAGUUUAAAACUUGUGAAGAAGAAUAUGCCCAGAUUGUGUAUGAAUGUGAAUUGGGGCUCGACUUUGGUCAGCAGCCCAAAUUGAGCAAAAAAGGGACAAGUGGAUGCUACUUUGUGUACAACAGACAGGGAAAAACCAUUGCUGUGUUCAAACCCAAAGAUGAAGAGCCAUAUGGAAAGUUGAACCCAAAAUGGACCAAAUGGCUUCACAAACUGUGCUGUCCGUGCUGUUUUGGGCGAAGUUGUCUUGUUCCAAACCAGGGUUACCUUUCUGAAUCGGGUGCAAGUCUAGUUGACCAAAAACUGCAGUUAAAUGUUGUCCCAACUACUAAGGUUGUUAAAUUGUCGAGUCGUACCUUUAACUAUAAUGCCAUAGAUCGGGCUAAAGCAACAACUAAGAAGAACAUCAACAGAAACUUCCCUCAAAUUGGCAAAAAAUUUCACAGACUUGGACUACCAAAUAAGUCGGGUUCGUUCCAACUGUUCGUGAACGGGUACAAGGACGCAGACUUCUGGUUACGCCGGUUUGAUGCAGAGGCUUUGCCAGAAUCCACUGCCAGAAAGUUCCAGCAUUUGUUUGAGCGACUGGUUGUGCUGGAUUACAUCAUAAGAAACACAGAUCGGGGUAAUGACAACUGGCUAAUCAAAUAUGAACCAGCCUCUGCCGAAACAGACAGCGGAAAAGGGGACAGCGACUGGAGUUUUGUAGAGAACCCGGAAAUCUCAAUAGCUGCCAUUGACAACGGUCUUGCAUUUCCCUUUAAACACCCGGAUGAGUGGCGGGCUUACCCGUACCACUGGGCGUGGCUUCCGCAGGCUAAAGUCCCGUUUUCACAAGAAAUCAAGGACCUUGUUCUUCCCCAGCUGUCAGAUAUGAACUUUGUGCAAGAGUUGUGUGACGAGCUGUAUACACUAUUCAAGACUGACAAGGGAUUUGACCGUGGAACAUUUGAUAAGCAGAUGUCUGUGAUGCGUGGACAGAUAUUAAAUCUCACACAAGCCCUCAAAGAUGACAAAUCACCUGUCCAGCUGGUCCAGAUGCCUGUGGUAACAGUCGAGAGAAAUCGGUCAAGCAGUGGACGUCUCCGAACUGACAGUGACUCUUAUACACAAAGUUUUCAACAUAGAACUCCUUUCUUCUCCUGGUGCUGAUUAUGGCCAUUUUUGUAGCAACAAUCUGUUUUGUGAUUGUGUAAUAUUUAAUAUACUAGUAUUUUUGGAUGAUCCGUGAAGUGAUAAGUGAAUAGUUUGCUGUGGAGGAGUUAUCAGAACAUCCAGAUGAACGAAGAAGUGACAUAAUGUCAGGGUGUGAUAUGGAAAUCCAUAGACUCCGUACAAAGACAAGCAUGUGGACAAAGUGGUUCUUGUAUUCUUUUGUUAAACAAACUUAAUAAUUACAGCAGACAUAAAAACUCAAAUUUUAGCGACAUGUCAAUUUCAUACUAAGUUGUGUUUUAAUUAAUACUUGUGCAAAUUUUGUAAUGGGAUGAUAAUUUGUAUUUAUGACAAUUUAUGGUGUAUGUAUUGACCAAGUGUGAUAAGUGAUGCCUGUCUGUACAUGCCUGUCUACAAAUCAUGUUGAAGCUUUAUAAAUGAUUUAACUUUAUUGGCGUAAGUCAAAGACUGCUUCUACAAUACACAUAUACACAAAAGAGGUAUCCACAGGGAAGCAGUCUCGAUGUUAUUAAGACUGUUCAUUGUUAGCAACUGUUGGUGCAACACUGUCAAUGACCCCUACCGCAGUUUCUACUAUGACAUUAUACAUUAAGUCAUUGGAUUCUGACGGACCAGAAAAUAAACACCUACAAUGUGCUUAUUUGUUAUGUUAUGCAUUUGUACUCAGUUAUUUUUUCAGCAUUUAGAAUCUGUGUGUAUAAUUUAAUAUAAUCAGUACAUUGUAAACUUUGAUAUAAAAAACUAAUAACAUUGUUUCAGAGUAGGCCAUCCAGUAUUGGAAUAUUUUAAUAGAUCUCUAGCAAUUCCAAUGAGUAGUGUUUAAUAUCAAAUAUGUCAAUAAUAUGUUUCUGUUGCAAACCAUCCAUAAAAACAUCAUUAUUUCAUUUUUCAAAAACUACUGAAACAAUAAUUUUCCAUUGUUUAGAACAUUUAUAUAGUAUGUCCAUUGUUGUUGUUUUUGUUCAAGAUUAACUAAUUUGCACAUAUGUAUGGGUACGCAAAAUACUUUAUUUGUUCAGAAAGUCCCUCAGAAAUGUAUCUGCUAACACUUUGUCUUUCAUUAAGAAGGAACCAGAGUUUAUUUGCUCAAAUGUUCUAAGUUAUUUUGUGUUUUUCACAUUAAGGGCGUUCAAGUUUGUGGCUGUAAUCACCUUGUGUGACUGCAUGUUAUUCUCUAACUGUUUUCUAUAUUAGUUUGUUGGUGGCAGCAGGAUCGUCGUCCAAAAGACUUUAAGCAAUUACUGAAGCUCAUCCCUCUUUAGUUGUGUUAAAAUGUGGAAAAUUUUCAUAUUAGUUGAAGGAUUUCAAAGAUAGUUGAUUCCUUGGAGGGCGAUAACCAAUUUUUGAAGAAAAACAUAUUCAGAGUUGAGAGAUGCUGUAUUUUCUUAAGUUACACAUUUUAUUUGAAUGAAAAUUAAACAAAUGGAGGAAUAAUGUGAAGAAAUUUAAACAACCUUUUUGGGGGACAACUUGUCUUGACACAUAAAUUACCCUUUAACUGUUAGCGCUUAUGUCAUUGAGAAUAUUGAGAUGCUUGGAUAUAAAUAUUGUUUAAAUAGUGCUUGUAAAUAUAUUUAAGAUUAUUGAGGAUUAUGAAAUGUUGCUAAGUUAUUGUCAAUGUAUAUAAUGCUGCUAUAUUUGACUCAUACUUGAUUAAUUGCUUAUAAGUAAUAUUAUUUUAUUCACUUUAUGUUAUGAAAUUUCAUAAUAAUUGGUGCAAUAAAAACUGUUUAAAUUA